GGUUCAUUCAUGUUCAGAGAGAAAGGUGCGCUCCUCCGCUGCUCUGCAGCAGAAUCCCUCCGCCUCCUCCUCAGCCGCGCCGCCGCUCCUUCAGUCACACAGAGGAUGGGGAAACACAACAGCAAGCUGGCCCCAGAGGUCCUGGAUGACCUGACAAAGAACACAGAGUUUAAUGAGGCAGAGCUCAAACAGUGGUACAAAGGCUUCCUCAAAGACUGUCCCUCAGGCAUUCUGAACCUGGAGGAGUUUCAGCAGCUCUACGUCAAGUUCUUUCCUUACGGUGAUGCCUCCAAGUUCGCUCAGCACGCGUUCCGGACAUUUGAUAAGAACGGGGACGGGACGAUCGACUUCAGGGAGUUCAUCUGCGCCUUGUCCAUCACCUCCAGGGGUAGCUUUGAGCAGAAACUGAACUGGGCUUUCAACAUGUAUGACCUGGAUGGAGAUGGAAAGAUCACACGCAUGGAGAUGUUGGAGAUCAUUGAGGCCAUUUACAAGAUGGUUGGCACGGUGAUAAUGAUGCGUAUGAAUGAGGACGGGCUAACUCCUCAACAGCGCGUGGAUAAGAUCUUCUCCAAGAUGGACAAAGAUCACAACGAUGAGAUCUCCUUGGAGGAGUUCAAAGAGGCUGCCAAGUCUGACCCUUCCAUCGUCCUGCUGCUUCAGUGUGACAUGCAGAAGUAGGGAGGAAGGGGCGCAAACAUGGGGAGGGAAGAGGAAGGGGAUGGGGUAAACGCAAGGCUGAACAGAGGGAACAGAGAGAGCAGGGAGGGGUGCAGUCACAGGCAGCAACGACUGGAAGUGGGCCAUGGUUGGAAGGACUCCUUAUUGAUGCCAUUCUUUUUUCAAAACCCUGCUGUGGGUAGAUGUUUUUAGCAAGAUGGUAAACUAAAACCUUUAUACUUCAGAUAAAGCUGACCAUCACUAACCUGCAGCUUACUGAUGGUCAGCUUCUGGUAACGGCAGAUUUUGGUUUAUUUUUCAGCAGAAGCAAAUAGAAAAGAAGUCCCACAUUCCCUAUAAAAGACAUAAGAAUGGCAUUAAGCUGAACAACCAUCCAUCCAGACUUUCUACACUGCGGGAUAAUCUGUGACCCAAGCAUUCUCUGUGCGCAUUAGUGUGUUUGCAUGAGGGUAUGCAUGUGUACCUGUGCGUCUGAUUGUGUUUUUCUGGGUGUGGUUCUGUAUGAGUUGGGUUGUGUCAUACUCUGUGUGUGUGUUUGAGUGUGUGUAAGUGUGCAAACGUGUGUGUUGUUUGUGUAUGUGUGUCGUUUGUAUGAGUGCGUUUCAGUGUGCAUGUGUGUCGCCUUUGUGUGUGUGUGUGUGCGCUUGCACAUGUGUGUGUUUGCGUGUAUUUGAAGAAACUGCUUCAUAAAAAUACAAUAAUUCUGCCAGAACCAUUUAUGAUGAAAAUUUGUGUCAUAAAGUUUGGAUUGUGGCUCAGAUUUCCAACCUGUUGCAGGUGAGGAAAGUCUCAGACAGCUGCCUGCCGCAUGCUGAGGUCCACCGCUGUGCUGCUUAGGGACUACAAGCCGUGGCUUUGUCCAAGUCAUUAGGGAGCACUUUUGAUCUGAUUUAAGUCUUCCAUGUGAUGUAAUCUAAGAUUUACUCAGCAGCUGAGCAAACUUUGACAUUUUCCCCUUUUGCAUUUGUGACAAAUGACAGAUACUUAACUUCUAUUCCCACAUUUUGUGGCCAAACGCUGUGAGGUGAGUCAGCCAGGCUCUUUGCUGACUUUGUCCCUGAAUUUAAAGGAUAAUGCAUUCAUAUAAUAGGGUGACUAAGUCAAGAACUUCAUAUAUGAGGUCUAUGCAAAGUAGAUGGAAGCUGAGGUAAAAGUUGACCAACUGCAGGUUCAGUUCCUGCCUAACCCUAUGCGUUAAAGUGUCCUUGGGCAAGGCACCAAACCCCACAGUGAUCCCAGUGGCCUGGCAUCACCUUGCAUCAGUGAAUAAAUAUGUGUGGAUGGAGGAAAAGUAUCCCAGAGUUUUACAGUCAGUUUAAAAACAACAUUUUUUUUUAAUUACGAGAAGAAAAGUCAUAAAUUAACGAGGAAAAAACAUCAAAGUGUCUGUUUAUCCGAGCCUGGCUUGAAGAGGAAAGAUGUGGAGCAUUUUGUGAAGUUUUAUUUCCGGAUUGGUUUCAAAAACACAGAAAUUCUAAACCUUUUGGUUACUCAAAAUCAGAUUAUCAGUCAGUGAAGCCGGCUUUCCGGCGUUCGGUGUCGACAAAGCAGAGUUUUAUAUGUAAAAUAAGGAGCACAGAGGCACGUUUGGGUGUAGAGAACCAAUACUUUAUUUUCCUUUUCAUUCACAUACCCAGAAGUCCAUUUGUAACCUUACAGCUUGAACCUGUCAUGCACAGAAGACCAAAGCGGAAUGUAAAUAGUGUUACAUACGUUUUUUUUUCUUGUAAAUUUAUGACUUUAAUUCUCGUAAUUGUACUUUUCUUUUUUUUUGGUGGCCAUAAACUCCGUCGUAGAAAAGUGCUGCAUACUUAAAACAAAAUAUACAGGAGGGAGUUCUGUUUUGGAUUUUUCUAACGAAACGGAAUGAUUUACAAAAUUCCUGCAGAUGAGAUGAGUAAAAAUAAGUUAUUCAGUUCAACCGAGUGAAUCUAUGAAGCACCAGAAAAAAAGGAGAAAACUGCAACAGAAUUAGAAAAAUGUAAAUGUGUGGUUCCUCAAGCUAACAAACUCUGCUUGCGAUUAAAACCUACAAUGCUGAUAAAGACUCUGGGGUCUUUGCAAAAAAAACCCUCCAUAGCUUGAAUUUUACAAAGCUGAUGAAAGAUAAACAAAACAGUAAAAACACUCACAUACAGGCAUAACACUAAAAAGAUCAUUUGAAACAGAAAUAAUCAGAGUGUUAUUAAAGUUCCACUAACACAACAGAAUUUCUGAUAAAUGCCAAACGUUGGCCUGUAAUUCGCUGCGUUCUCAGGAAAUGCUCGAGUCCUUUCUGCGCCCGCCUGUUCUCUUAGUUCUUCUGUAAAUGUCACAGGAAGUGCUUUGAUAAAAGCUGGAGGAACGCUGUUGAACUCCAAUCAAUGGGAAAUAGAGCAAAAGGUCAUGGAGGGGGGGUUAGAUGAUGUGUAAAACGGAAAGUAACCUAUUUUUAUGGCUUUAGUUCAUGCUUAAACAGCCAGGUGACGUCCAGCUGGGUUUAUGCUAAAGUCCCACUCCAAUCAUCUUUUAAUCUAUCUUUAAAGUGUUCCCAGUGGUCUUUUAAUUAUUAUGAUUAGGCUGUUUUAGUCAAAAUGUAAAAAAAAAUCUUUGUGGUUUUCUAGAAAUUCCCUCCUGAGUUGUGGACGGGACUGCUGGUACGGAGCAACUCUGCCUUCAUUUCCCAUCAUCCCUUUUUUUACACUCUCUUCUACUGGAUCAAAGCUCCUCACACCUUCAACCUAACAUUAGCGUUGCAACAAAAACGGUGAUCAAUAUUGGAGCUAUCCAGCAGUACAGUUGUGAUCCAGAUUCCAGCUCAGACAAAUAUAACAACAACGUUUGUCUGCAAGUGGAUGAUCAGAAUGGAGCGAGCAGGGAGACUGGGGGCUGCCAUAGUAACUGGACGUCACAGUUGUAAUCUUUUCCAAAUAGCAAAUUUUCAUCUCCUCCUGAUUCACAACUAUUUAAUUAAAGAAAUGAUAAGAAACACACUUUUAAUUUUAUUUUCUUUAUAAAUAGAAUUAGAAGAAUGCCAGAGGAACAUGUAAAAAACACCUGAACCGUGAUUUUCAUCAGUGGGGCUUUAACGUACUGCCAGCUUUACUGAAAAAACACAAAGAGUGUUGUGAGGGAGAUUUUAGAAAACGAAUAGAUCGAUUUCACUUCGGUUUCUGUGUUUAUUUGCGUUUGUUUUUCAGAUUAUUUUUGUUCAGCAAUUUGACAGAAAACAUUUCAAUUUCUGAUAAAGUUUGCCUAUAGAAAAGGUCACAGUUUACAGAUCAAACUGAAGUCCAGUCCUAACUUGAAAACCACGACUGUUUAGCGUCUGCAUUAGAAUGAACAAAGUCCUCCUCAGAUGCUGGGCAGUUACCUGAGACUUUUCACCACACCUGCAGUGCAGACUUUUCACUCGUUUAAACAGGAAGAGACGCUCUUAUUUUGACAAGGCUUCCCUCCUGUCAGCGAGAGCCCUUAUUUCAUCCCAGCAGACGGUGAAGAUUCUCCCUCUCUGAGGCGUCAGGAGCGAUAACUUUAUCAUAUAUCUCCAUGUACAUUACAAUGUAAUCGUAUUUAUGAAUAUAAACAAUAUGAUGUAAAUGUACCACUAACUUAGAUGAAUUUCAUAAAAAAAAACAGCUGUCGUGUGUGAGAGAGUGCGAGUAAAGGCCGUGUAAGUGUGUGUGUGUGUGUGUGUGUGACACUUCAAGUGUUUUGUAUUUGUAUUAAAUGUGUAAUAAGAGGUGUGUCAGUCUAGUUUUGACUUUGUAAGAUUCUCACCUUGAGGCACUGAGUAUUAUUUCCUCUGUUUGCCGUCUCUGCUUUUGCAUUCUGUGCUCUGCGGGAAAACACAAUGUUUGUCUCCAACAUGGAGCGCAUUGAUUUGCCAGCCUGGUGAUCUCCACCCCUCAUACAUACAUCCUGGGCUGCAUGCAGGGCCUGACAGAAUGAUGUAACAGAUAAACCCAGACCGAUGUCGCAGUGCCACCCAGUGGACGGCAAAGAUGCCACCGCGUCAAGCAGCUGGACCAGUUUUGAUGAAUAUGAAAGGAUUGGGCCUGCAGAUCAAAGUCAGCAGCAUUACACAACUCGCUUCUCGUCGUGUUUGAUGUGUCUGGAAUCUGAGGAUUUCAUAAUGAAAUGGUCUUAUUUCUUUCAUGCAGGUGAACACAAAUGCUGCCCUCUGCUCACAAAACCAAUGAAAGCCAGAUCUUUGAAAAUGUCAUGGCCUAAAGAAAUUUUGUUUUUAACUUAACAGCUCUGUUGAGGAAAACUGGGACUGAUCAGAAAAAAUCGUAUUAAAUUUUCUACUUUAUGAUGUUAAUAAACCGUUUGAUCCCACAGAGAAACAAAAAUUAAGAUGAAUUACGGUAAAUCUAAACAAAACAGCUGGAAAACUAGAUGGUAGUAACGUAAGAAACAACUUAAAAUUUGUUAUUGAAGUGGUAAACUGAUCACCGUGAUACCAUCAUAUCUGUCAAACUAUUUAUGAUUAAACACUGACCAUUUAGACUGCAACACAUGUCUGUAAUUAAGGAGUUUAGAAGUCCCUCAUUAUUAUAUGAUUUAAAUAACUGGUAGACAUCCAGGUGAUUCAGAUGUAAAAAAGAUAUAUAUAAUUUAAAACUUAGUAUUUCUGUGAGCUUAAAGACCAGGAUUGGUUAAGAAUAAUCCAAAAUGGUUGCUACCAGAAAGAGAUCCUUUAAUGGUUUAAGGAGUCGACUUAACAACCUAGUAAAUAUAUGGAAUGUCAAACUAAAGAUUUUACUGACUCAUGGAGAAACCAGGAUCUACAAAGACGGUCUUCAAAGCUCAAUCUCUGCUGUGACUGCUUUACGCGGUCCUGACCUGAGCAUCCUGCCCAAAACUCCCAGAGAUCUGCAAGAUUUUCCAUAUUUCUUAAGAAAGUUUUCUGGGCGGGAGGCAGCAUUUAAGUGUUCUCUGUUAAAGAGAUGGGGAUUCAAAAUCACAGAAGCAAGUUCUCUUUUCCUCCUGCCAGAAAAGAUUUGGCUUGUUCAAUUUGUGCAAUUCUGACCAAUACUUCAGUCCACUGUUAUACAA